AUGUUUUGCGACAUAUGGGAAGCCGGUGACAGCUGGGGGGGCAUAUCAGACCAGGCCCGAAGAAAGAGGCUCCAAAACAAGAUCAACCAACGUGCUUGGCGGAGACGAAGGAAUCAGAAUCACAGCAAACACAGUUCCAGCUACGCCGAGGCGGACAUAGCAACAAACGUGACUGAGCCGGACAUGGGAACGGCAGACGCUGUCAUCCAUGACAUGAACAACCAUGCAGCGGAUACAACUGGGUCAGAUAGCGUCCUCGCGACGUUGCUUGUAGGAUGUGCGCUCAUAAAGUGUCCUCGACGACGGGAGGUCGCCCGCACCCGUAUCAAGCAGGUCUACGAAGAUUAUUCCCUCCAUUCACCACGGCCCUCAGCCCUGCACGUCUUGAUUCGGCUACGGGUCCUUAGUGCUUUGGCCAGUAACGCCGUCAGCAUGGGGUUCCCCCCUGAAGGACUAUGUAGCGAUAAUUUCAUAUCGCCAUUCAACUUCACGGGGCCGCCGCAAUCGAUAACGAUGGACUUGGUCGCAGCCACCCCGUCCACUCUGCGCCCAACUUCGGUGCAGAAAGCAGUCAUCCACCACCCCUGGAUCGAUCUCUUCCCUUUUCCGCGGUUCCGCGACAACACGCUUCUCGCCAUGGCAGCGGGAAUGGUGGACGACGACGAGCUGUGCAGAGACAUCCUGGAGACGACGGGCGAGGACCUUGGCGCGAGACCUUCGCUGAUAGUCUGGGGCGAGCCCUGGGACUGUGCCGCAUGGGAAGCCAACGCGGCAUUCUUUCUGAAAUGGGGGUUCCUGGCGCAGGGUUGCCCUGAGCUGCUGGAAACGACUAAUCGGUGGAGAGAAAAGCGUGGCGAAAGGCGGCUGGUCUUUGAAAUGCAUCAUCUAAGCCUUAACAUAUUCGAAAAUGGCCUCGCCGAUGAAAUACGUCCGUCCUGGACCCUCAGAGUGGGCAAAUCCGGCCUCAAGGUUUCUCAGGUGAUCCUCGGCUGCAUGAGCUUCGGCGACAAGAACUGGCAGCCCUGGCUCCUAGAUAAGGACGAAGCCCUCCCGAUCCUCAAGUACGCGUUCGACAGCGGCAUCAACACGUGGGACGUGGCCGACACCUAUUCGAACGGCAGAUCCGAAGAGAUUGUCGGCGCUGCCAUCAAGGAGUACAACAUCCCGCGGUCCAAGCUCGUCAUCAUGUCCAAGUGCUUCCAGUUCGUUGAUGAAGAGAAGGGACCGAUCGACCCCGCCGUUCUAACGAGCAACGACGGUCCCCGCGUCAACCUGGUCGGCCUCUCCAGGAAGCAUAUUCUCGACGCCGUGGACCGUAGCGUUGAGCGACUCGGCACGUACAUCGAUGUCCUCCAGAUCCACAGGAUGGAUCGCGAUGUCCCCCCCGAGGAAAUCAUGAAGGCCCUCAAUGAUGUUGUUGAGAGUGGCAAAGUCCGCUAUAUUGGGGCCAGCUCGAUGGCCGCCUGGGAGUUCCAGAUGCUGCAAAACGUCGCGGCUCGCCACGGAUGGCACCAGUUCAUCUCUAUGCAGGGCCUCUACAACCUUCUUUUCCGCGAGGAGGAGAGGGAGAUGAACCCCUACUGCAAUGCCACGGGCGUGGGUCUCUUCCCCUGGUCCCCUCUCGCCGCCGGUGUUCUCGCGCACCCGUGGUCCGACCGGACGGAUGCGCGGGAGAAACUGGACCCGUUCCUUCAGCUCCUGUUCCGCGGUGCGGAACGCGGUGCCGACAAGGAAAUCGUUGGGCGCGUCGAGGAGCUGGCGAGCAAGAAGGGGGCUUCCAUGGCGCAAGUAGCGCAAGCUUGGCUCAUUUCCAAGGGCUGUAUACCCGUUGGCGGGAUGGAGACGAAGGAGAGAAUUGACCAGGCUGUCGGGUCCUUGAGUGUUGAACUGGGCGAGGACGAGGUCAAGUUUCUCGAGGAGCCGUACAUCCCCAAGCUACCGAUUCCUUUCUGA